AUGCCCGCAACACCAGCGGCUACAGCCACGCCCAAGCAGAAGGGUGGAGCUUUCACUCCCACCGCGGCGCCGAACACGCCCGUCCAGCCUGGCCAAACUACUACCGGCGAAGAUAACACCGUCAGACUACACAUCACGCCGUUCAACCCCAGCCUUCUCAAAGUCUACCUACCACCGUCCGUGCUCCCCUACGCGGGAAACAUCUCCUACCACGCCGUCGAAACGUACCCCGAGAAAGGCUUCGGCUACGUCGAGCUGCCCGCCAUGGAAGCCACGAAGCUGAAGAAGAAGCUGAACGGGUCGACGUUGAAAGGAUCCAAAGUCAGGAUCGAGGAUGCGAAGCCUGAGAAGCGCAAGGCGGGUGAUGACGCGGUUGUAAAAGCUGAGGAGGCAGAGAGGUCGGCGAAACGCGCGAAAAAGGACAAGAAAAAGAGGAAGAAGGAGGACGGGUUGCUGGAGGGGGUGGAGCUGCCUGAUGAGCGGAAGGUCAAGCGCGGGUGGACGGAGGUUCCUGUGAAGGGAAACAAGGAGAGGAAAGAAAAGAAAGAUAAGAAGGAGGAGAAGAAGGAGCGGAAGAAGUCAAAGUAUACCAAGGAGCCGGAGCUUCUGUUCAAGGCCAAAUUGACGCCUGUCGCGGCUACCGAGGUUGCGCGGAAGGAGAGGAAAGACAAGAAGAAGGACAAGAAGAAGAACAGAUCGAAGCAGGAGGUCGUUGUGCAUGAAUUCGAGAAAAACUCUAAGACCCCGAGUUUCCUCAAAGCUACUGCGGUCUCUACGGAUGAUAACGCGGCAGUUGAUUACGUGAACGGCAAGGGAUGGGUGGACGAAGAGGGCAACGUGGUAGAGGCUGAGACUGUCAAGGCGAAGAACAAGCGGGUAUUGGAACUCGUCGAGCCUGGUCUGGAGAAGCCCUCUUCCAGAUCCAGAAAAAAGGCUUCUGCUACCCCAUCGCCAAAAUCCUCCCCAGCGCCCAAGUCCACAAAGCAGGAAAAGAAACAAACUAAUGAAGCUACUCCACCGCCAGGAUCAUCAUCAUCCGAUGCAGAAUCCGAAGACUCAUCAGUAGUAUCCUCAUCUUCCGACUUCGACUCCGAUUCAGCAGCCUCGGCAGGUGCAUCCGAAAACGCCUCUCCGGCACCUGCACCAACGACGGCAAAAGCCAAAUCUAAUACCCCCGAGAUCGCCAUCACGCCCUCCUCGCCCGUCAAAAAGGAAACCCACCCCCUAGAAGCCUUGUUCAAGAAGCCUAAGCCCGCACCACUCCUGCCCUUGUCUAAUCCGACUUCCACUCCCGCGAAGAAUCUCGCCCCCAUCAACACAUCCUUUUCCUUCUUCGGCGAUGGCGAUGUCGACGUUGAUAUGGAAGACGGCGAACAAGACGUUGCGGUGCCGUUCACACCCCAGACACAGCGCGAUAUCGAGUGGCGCGGCCUCCGCAGUGCAGCCCCGACGCCGGACACUGCUGCCAUCGGACGCCGUUUCAGUUUCCCGUGGCGCAAUGGCAGUCAGGAGGCAGACGACGACGACGAUGCGGACCUUGAUCCUGAAGCUAGCACGCAACUCUCUAACAACACGAAAGCUAAUGCUUCGUCAUCUCAAUUAGCUGACGUUGCGGAGGAGGAUGAAGAUGAAGCUGAGGGAGGUGGUGAGGCGCUGGCCGGUGUUGAAAAUGAGGGUGUUAGUGGUAUAGAGGAAGAUGGAGAGAAAGAGGAAAGUGACUUCAGGAAGUGGUUUUGGGAGAACCAGGGGAACUUGAAUAGGGCGUGGAAGAGGAGGAGGAAAGAUGCGGUCAAGACGAAGAGGAGUGUGGAGAAUAGGAGGGCCAUUGGAGGCGCGAGGAGAGAGAGAUAG